AUGGCUGAACGGAAGAAUGCCAAAGCUGUGGCUUGCAGCUCACUGCCCGAGUGGACGAACGGCACCCUUGAUGUGCCCUUGCAAGUAGAUUUCCCAACACCAAAGACUGAGCUGGUCCAGAAAUUCCACGUGCAAUACUUGGGCAUGCUUCCUGUCGCCAAGCCAGUGGGUAUGGACACCCUGAAUAAUGCUAUAGAAAGCCUAACUGAUUCCUCUAGCAGAGAGGACUGGAUGCCAGUCACCAUGAACGUUGCUGAUGCUACCGUGACAGUCAUCAGCGAAAGGAAUGAAGAGGAAGUUGUAGUGGAAUGUCGUGUCCGCUUCUUGUCCUUCAUGGGAGUGGGGAAAGAUAUCCACACCUUUGCCUUCAUCAUGGAUACUGGGAACCAACAUUUCGAGUGCCACGUUUUCUGGUGCGAGCCCAACGCAGGCAAUGUAUCGGAGGCCGUUCAGGCUGCUUGUAUGCUCCGGUAUCAGAAAUGCUUGGUCGCCAGACCUCCUUUUCGCGAGAAAGUCCGUCACUCUUUGCAGACUCAGUGA